GUUUGUUUACAUUUUUUACAGCGCGUAUGAAUACGCCAUUUUGUAAUGCGGUUACCUAAUUUGCAUAGUUAUUACACUAGUUAUAUAUGAAGUUAUUGCAUGGGAUUAUAUCACUCCUGCGCCGCUAUGAAAAUGGCGAGCGAUUCACAAAGAAUGUCUGAUGAAGAAAGAAGUGGACACGCGAUAGGGCGUGAUGACCAAGUGCAAGUAGCGAUGCGCGAUGGGAUACCACCCCCGGGCGCUAUGGACAUGUUGAAGGCAGGGCUUCGUCAAGUAACGGGAGCGAUGCCCGAUGGAAUACCACCCAAAGGCGCCAUGGACAUGGUUAAGGCAGGGCUUCAUCAAGUUAAGGUGUGCAAUUACGACGCGGACCGGUUGGAGCGGAAGCUCGAGGGGGAAUUAUUUGACAAGUGGAAUGAAAAGUGCGAGGUUGUCAAGGCAACCAAAAUACCCGUGGACACGCUCCCUGAUUAUCUCGACCACAUGCAAGAGGCAUAUGAAGGUAUUGACGACAAGGUUAGAAAAAGGAUGGACGGUAUUCUCUUCACAGACGACUCCUGGGAGUACCAGAUUGUCGAAUGGAAGUUUAACAAGGGAGCCGAUAGUGGUGCGCGGUACGGCAUGAUGGCAUUUGGACGCUCACCCGACGGAAACUUUGUAGAUUGCAUGUAUGUUAUGUACAUGAUGGACUUCAAAAUUGCGGCAAAGAGAAUCGUCACAGAGGAAAAACAUUCAGCUCUAUGGGGACUUCUAGGCUGGACUACGGAAUCUGUAUCUUACGAGGGAAGAAAUCUUGGUGCCGUCUCUAUUAAAAACCUUCAGAAUUUCUUUCGAGUUAAAGCAAUGCAAGGCUUUUACCAGAAUGGGGUCAUAGACAGUAUAAACUAUGUCACAGAUCUGGAUGAGAUUGCAGAUAAAUAAACAGUAAACCACGUGACUUUUGCCCUUAUAUAUAUAUAUACUGUGCUGUCAAACUCCUUUAAAACGCGAUAGAGAGAAGUGUUCAUCCCAAACGCACCAUUUUGUUAUUAUUGAUUUUAAAGAAAACUUUUAUGUUGUUCGUUAUAAUUUAAAACAAAGGCUAUUGAUUGUUUUAUUGCUAUUUCAUUGCUAGUAUUAUUAUUUUUUUCGACAGAAUACAUUUAUGCCUAACCCUUCCUGGAUGUUUUAAA